UGCCGAGAUGAACAAGCUGCGGAAGCUUUUCCGAGGCAGCGGGCGAGCCUUGGCCUUCAUCUUCGCCGCCUCGGUGGUGUGGCUGCUCUUCGACAUGGCAGCGCUGCGCCUCUCCUUCGGCGAGAUCAACACCCGCGUCCUCAAGGAGGAGAUGGUGCGGCGGGAGAGGCUGCGCGGCUGGCGGGAGAAGAGCCUCGACGGCGCCCGACCAGGAGAGGAGCUCCGGGCGCCGCCAGGGGCGCUGCCAAGGGGCCUCGAGGAGGAGAAGGGACGCGGCGGCCCAAGCAAGAAGAGGGGGAAGCUGGGCGCCCAAUGGAGGCGCGCAACCCCCCAAGCGGCGGCAGCAGCUCCCAGCCUGCACUGGACGGCCGCCGUCGACGUCCGGAGCCACGCUCCGGCCGCCCCCGCGGAGAAGAAAUCGAGCGCGGAGGCCGGCUCCCCUCGCCCGCCGCCCACAAAGCCGCCUCUUGCCAGCGGGUCGCCGGGGCGGGCGCUCGACGGUCCUGCCGUCGGAAGCAAGGUCGCCGCCAAAGGGCCCGGGCCGUUAAGCACGGGAUCCAGGGGGGAGAGGCGGCGGUUUUUAUACCCGACGGUGGACUAGGGGAGAAAGGCGCCUUGGCUGGAUUGCCCACCAACGGAAGCAAAUCUGGGGGACCUCGGGGCAGCCCCGGGCUACUGAGCGGGCCAAAUGUCCCUGCAAAGCGGCCCAGGGGCCUGGAUUUGCCUGCAGCUUCGGAAGCAGCACAGAAGUCUCCGGGUGCGCCACGUCCAGGAAAGCUGUCCGAGGAGGAGGCGGCCAGAAUUGCCGGUGCAAAAGUCGUCCUGCCUAACCAAGUGGUGCUUAUAAGCAAGGAGGGAGCGCGGGUGGUCUCCGCGGCCGCGCAGGCUCCCGAAGGCGGAGGAGGUGGAGCCGUCGGGAAAACGGCGCAAGUGACUACGGGCAAAAUCCAUGAGGGCCUGAGACCGGCGGGGGCGACCCUAAAAGUUAUUCCAGUUGGAAGGGCUGAGCUAGGGAAGGCGGAUGGGACUCGUUCCGCCCAUCAGGACCAAUCAAGGCAAACCAAUAGGACCCAUUUCACAGAAAGGGCCAAGCUACACAAAGUGUUGACUAUUGAUAGGACCUUGGCCCCAAGGGACCCCAAAGCGCUGGGUCAGUAUGGGCGCCCGGCGGUGGUCCCAGGCGAGAAGGAAGAGGAGGCGAAAAGGAGGUGGAAGGAGGGGAACUUCAAUGUCUUCCUAAGUGACCUCAUCCCACUAGACCGAGCCAUCGAGGACACAAGGCCUGCUGGAUGUAGAGAUCUUCUCGUCCACAACAACCUUCCCACCACCAGCAUCAUCAUAUGCUUUGUUGACGAAGUGUGGUCCACCCUCUUGCGCUCUGUUCACAGUGUCCUCAACCGCUCCCCUCCUCAGUUUAUUAAAGAGGUUAUUCUGGUGGAUGACUUCAGCACAAAAGCAUACCUCAAGGACAAACUAGACCAGUACAUGGCCCAGUUUCCCAAAGUCCGGAUCCUUCAUCUCAAGGAAAGGCAUGGUUUAAUACGAGCUAGACUAGCGGGAGCAGAGAUUGCCAAAGGUGACGUACUGACAUUCUUAGAUUCUCACGUGGAAUGCAACAUAGGAUGGCUGGAGCCGCUCCUGGACAGAAUCCGUUUGAACAGGAAGAAAGUUGCCUGUCCUGUUAUUGAAGUCAUCAGUGACAAAGAUAUGAGCUACAUGACCGUGGACAGCUUUCAGCGUGGUGUUUUUACAUGGCCAAUGAAUUUUGGAUGGAAGCCCAUUCCUCCAGAUGUCAUCUUGAAAAAUGGGAUUAAGGACACCGAUAUAAUUAGGUGUCCUGUGAUGGCAGGUGGGUUAUUUUCUAUUGAUAAGAAGUACUUUUUUGAACUUGGGACAUAUGAUCCUGGCCUUGAUGUUUGGGGAGGUGAAAACAUGGAGAUCUCAUUCAAGGUUUGGAUGUGUGGAGGGGAAAUAGAAAUCACCCCGUGUUCCAGAGUGGGCCACAUUUUCAGGAACGACAACCCCUACUCCUUCCCUAAAGACCGCCUUACCACGGUGGAGCGGAAUUUGGCCCGAGUUGCAGAGGUUUGGCUGGAUGAAUACAAAGAUCUCUUCUAUGGACAUGGUUAUCACCUCAUCCAAAAGAACCUGGACAUCGGGGAUUUGACUCAACAGAGAGAACUGAGGAAGAGGCUUCAGUGCAAAAACUUCAAAUGGUACCUGGAGAACGUCUAUCCUGAUUUAGAAGCCCCCCUUGUUAAAGCUAGUGGGCUGAUCAUUAACAUAGCACUGGCUAAAUGCGUCACUGUGAAUACAUCUAGCCUGGCCUUUGAAACAUGUGAUGUUAAUAACAAGAACCAGAAGUUCAACUAUACUUGGCUGAGAUUGAUCCAGCACGGAGACUCCUGUGUAGCAGUGACUGAUGCGGAAGGGACACUGGGCCUGCACCCUUGCGAUAAACGAAACAAUAGCCUGAAAUGGUUGCAUAAAUCACUGGUGGCUUUUCAUCCAGAACUCAUGGAUCACAUUGUCUUAGAACACCUUCCUCGGGCCACGUGUUUGGAAGUGGAUCGGUCUCAGAAAGCCCUGAGGGCCGGCGUUUGUUCCUCCUCCAAUCUUUAUCAGAAGUGGCAGUUUGGAAAUUAUUAUGCUGCCUGAAGAGGAAGACGAGCAAACCGGACAGAAGAGUCGCUUUAUAAUCCGAUGAAUUUGAAAGCGGCAGCUGUGGAACUUCCGAUAGCAGCGAGCAAUAAACUCCGAUCUCCCUCCCAAACCGCAGUCGGAACCCGGCACUUUGGAAGAAGCAUAUGGCCAGAUCAGAAGAUGGAGCGAGAGCGCAGCUGGUUUGAUGCGGCUUAAUGACACACGGCCGGCACAUUGGCAGGGGAGGAAAAAAAUCACCAAAGUUAUUCCUGCCUUAGAGGGUUUACCUGCUUGGCACUGUUACAUUUCUGGUUUGGGUUUUUUGUUUUUACAGGAGCAUUGCGGAGAUUCCACUUCACAAGUUUCGCUCUUAUUCCUAUUUUAAAAAAAUGCCGAUCUUUUGGAAACCUUGAGAAUCACAUAUCUCAAAUCUGCAUUCCCAAAUCUGCCUGUGAGUAUAGAAGUUGACAGCUGUCCGAUUUGAUUGGUAGUGGCUGCCAGGUGAAUGGCCAGGCAGCACUUUGAGGUCGUGGCAAAAGUAUGACUUUAUUAUGUGUGUGGAGGUGGCAGGAGUUUGAAAACGUCUUACUGGGCAAGCCCUCUUGCUGUCACUUCCAAGAAGCUUUGGGGACAAACUCGGGCUAAAACAGUCCAGAUUGGAGAGAUCAGAUGCACAGUCUAUAAGCUCUAAGUGGCACAGUCCAGCAACAGAUUCAGCGUAUGCGCACAGUAGGGAUUUUCAGGUGCCUUCCUUUUUUACACAUCUAGUCUAUGUGCAUGGGGGAAAGUGCGACUUCACCCUCACCAGCAAGCCAAUGUGCUCAAGUGAUACAUUUCAUAAACAAAUUCCCAACAUCCAUGUACUCAGAGGGAUGCCUGAAAAAGAGUUCCCAUGUGUCCAUAGGUGAUCAAGGUAAUUGGGAUCCUUCUGAUCCGAGGAGCUGUCUUGUGUAUGCGCCCCUUCAGAGAAAUUCCACUGAACAUGGGAAUGUCAGCAAUUAGACCAGUGGGUCAUGGCCCUGCAUCUCCCUCCUCAUGUAGGCUAUCUUGGGUAUUGUUAAGUCACUUCUGUAACUUUGCAGGCCUGAGCCCUCAAACCAUUUAUUUCAGAGCAGUGCCCUCUGAGCAACUUGAAAGGUAACUGCUGAAGGACCACAUAAACUUCAGACAGCCAUAGUCUUCAGGAGCCACAAAGGCGGUGGGGCUUCUCUGGAGUAAGGAGCAUCCUUUGCCUCGGAGCAUUGCCCUGAAGCUGUACCUCACAAUACAAGCUUCGAUGACAGCCGAGCUUUCAUCAUCCGUGAUGUUUACAGCCUUUUACAAGUCUGUUUUAUGUCCAAGAGAGCCUCUGUAUAAUGUGGCCGCGACAUCGCAUAUCAGCACUGACAAUGUUUGGCAAGCUGAACCUGCCAAAAUAUUGAUUUGCCUAACAGACUUCACAGUCAGCUUCAUUCCCAACUGUCUUUCUGAGUCUCUCCACCCCCCAGCACCCUCCAGUAUUGUUGCCCCGUAGUUGCCAUCAGAAAAAUUACACAGAUGUUGUCUGAACACUCACGUUUUAUCAAGAGCAUGAAUUUCAUUGCAUUCUGUGCGCUGACAUUCCAUCAUUUGUCAUUUAGCAGGCACGGAGUGGCCAUAUGUCACAGUCACAUUGGAUUUCCCCUCGUGCCAUUUGCAAAACGUUCGCAUCCACCCUGGCUUCGCUUAUUCUUUAAAAAAGCAUAUUGGGUGAACCUUGUGGACUCUUGACACACACAAAAAUCUACAACAUAGAGUACUGGGAAACACUGCCCAAGUAGGCUUUUCUUGCAGGAGCAACAACCACGCCAAGCUAUAUAUUUAAAAAUCAUAAUUAUAUUUUGAGCUCCUGGAACCCAAAACCUAAGAACAUGUUCCCAAGGCAUUCCUCCAUCCUGAUAUCCCCAGACAGAAAACCACUGCAACUUCCAAAGAUGCAGAUGGAAAUGACUUCAAAUAAAGAGCGUCUGCCAUUUACAUUGGACCUGAUUUCGUGGCUAGAACAACUCUUUACAGGUAGGCUUCUGCCGUCGCCUGUUUUGCUUGGUUCUGGAAGGUGGGAAAGACACUCCGCUAUAGAUUUUCAGACCUUUUUUAAAAAAAUAAAAAUGCUGUAUUUGCAAGCAAUAACAUGGGUGCAAAAAGCUAGGAACCCAAUACUCGCUGGCUGCUAGAUUGCAGAAGAAGGCAGGAAGCGUAUGGCGGGGAGGGGUUAGGGGAAAACACAGAUGAAUAAACACUGCUAUUUUGACACAGGAAUAGUAUGGGGGGGGGAUAAGUGAAAUGUCCUGCUGUGUAAUACUUGUCUGUCCAUACUACCACCAUCAACCCAGUAUCUGGGCUAGCAGUGCCGGCUUUAAUAAUACACUCCGAAGAGGUGAUUAGUGCUUGAUCAUCAGCUCAUUCUGCUGCACACCCACCCUCAAUCCAGUCUGAAUCCCCACUGAAAUUUCGAUGCAAUUGCUCCUGUUCCAGUAGAACUUAAGCACAGCUAAUUUUUCUCUGGACUGGGCCGCGUUUACCACCCCAUUGCCAAGAGUCACAUGUGCAUCGCAGUGCAGCAUCCACCCAUUUGUGGUUUUUUUCAGAAAAGGAGCGUGCCAAAGCUUCUUCCAUGCACCACUUUCCCAGUAGCUCGGUGUGUGUGUGAAGCGAUCUUGAGAUGAAAAAGCCCCAUCUUCUUAAGAUAAGGAUCGUCCUGUUAUUUAGAGGAUAGUACUUAGCUGAACUAAGAUGGUAAUGAGCAGGGCAAGGCAGCAUAGCUGUGCUCCUCUUUCCUCUCCGCCUACAUGACCUUCAAGGAAAUUACUGCCUAACCACUUAAGGAAACUUGAACAUUACUCUUACGUUGCUGGAGCAGCACAAGGAGGUGCAUUAGUGACCAAAAUCUGACCCUACCAGUCGUUUUAGCAUUUUAUAUACUGUCAUAAAUUUGAUCCAGAUGUUAUUUAAUGAUGGAUCCUGUAUAUGUUUCAUUCUCAAAAUUAAAUUCAAUUUGCUUGAUUUUGUUAUUGGGGGUUGGGAGGAAGGAACCUGAAUUUGCAUCCAAUGAAAAAAAAAAGCCUUGUGCAAUGACUUUGAAUGCACUUGUCCACUGUGAAUUUUAACUAUGUGCUAUGCAAUGUAUAUAUCUCAGAGAUGAACUCACAUUGAUAAAUGAACUAAAAGAGUGGUGACUUAAUUCUUUUUUUAAUUAAAAAAAAGCUGUAUAUAUAUUUUAAAAAUGUGAGCUGAUGUCUUUUAUAUAAUAUAAUUUGUGGGUUUUAAAAUAUAUAUGUAAUUAGUUCCUUCCUGUCUGGCGUUCGUAUUGUACCCUUAUGUAAUGCGCUCACCUGGUGGUUUAUUUGUUUGUUUUUUAAACAUAGCUUUUAUGCAUUUCAAACAAAAAAAUGUUAUUUACACAUGGGAAAUUCUUAUUAAAAAUCUGACAUAAUUUUUUACAAA